AUGCUAAUUGCACAUUUCAUCCGAGCCCUUAUUGCGGUGCUUGGAUUAGCCGCUGUGGUCAUUCCAGUCGCUUGCAACGAGUAUUUCAACGAAACUCACGACGUAUUCUACGACUUCUAUCGCCACAAACGAGGUGUUAAUAAACAAAACAGGCGUAAUCCUCACGUUCACGAAGUCGAAGUCGAGCCAAACGUAGUAGAAGACCACCAGCAUAAUCACUUAAACAAAAAAACACAUCAUCAUAAGAAUAACGCACACCUAGAAGCAUAUCAUCAACCUCCUAAUAAGACUGGAGAGUGUUGUCCAACCGUUGCAGAAAGAGUUGAACCAACAGGAGGUUCGAAUCCGCAAGGUUUGCUAGUUGAACUGUAUCAGGAUCCCAAUUAUAAACAGAGAUUUUACGAGUUAUCCUGCCAUCCAUACGUUUUGGACAAGCCCUGCAAUUUUAUUAAUAAAAGAAAUCACAAUUCUAGAUGUGUACAGAUGUAUAGUUUCACAUACGCCCUUGUUAAAAAUACUGACAAUAAAACUAAUUUGUUUCCGAUGUUUCCCCUUCAUGAAGAUGGUGGCGCCACUUAUACUUUAGACUAUAUCAAGGUGAGAAGUGGGUGUAGUUGUGAAGUGACUGUUAAAAAGAAACGCAAGAAAAAAAAUAAUAGAGGCGGUGUGGACAAUAGUUAAAAUUUAGUUCCAAUAUUUGAGAAAAUCUUUCUCUUUUAUACUUGUGGAAUAAUUUAGUUUGAUAUUGUGCUAAUUAAAAAAGACUAUAAUAACCUCAAAGUGCAUUUUUAGAUAUUUCUAGUAUAGUUUCUAUAUUUUUUUCACUUUAUAAUUAAAGGUCCUAGUUGUGAUCUUAAGAAUAAGCACGCUUGCAUUCUUUUAUAAGAAGUAAUAAGAGACUUAUUUUCUUAAAUACGAAAUAUAUUUACAUUUUACUAUUGAUGCCAAAGGUGACUGCUACUAGGGUGAUUUUUUUUUAUUAAUAUUUGUACGAGGACAUCCUAUUUUGAUUUUUUCCAGACAUUCCAUAAUCGUGUGUUCUUGGUGAAAAAUGAAUCUCGUUCGCUUUAAUUAUAUUGGAGUAUCAAGAGACUUUAUUUCUAGUCUAAAGUUUUACACAUGGUGAAAGUGAAAAAACAGUAAUAUUAUCAUGUUAUUGUUCGUGCGUCAUUAAAUAAAAGGAUUUAAGACAUCAAUUAAUAAUAAUAUGUUAAAUUCAUAAAAUAAACAGCUCCUCAAAAGUUGAGAAAGUUAAUAACAUAUGACCUUCAACUUAGUUAAGUUUAAGUUAAUUUAAUGACGUUUAUAACGAUUCUGUUCUCCCCUAAAAUCAAAAAUAACGACUGUACUUUCAAUAAUGUCGUUUAAGUAGCCUUGAUCGAUUUGUAUUAAAAGUCUGUGUAGAAGUUUUUGGAGUAUCUAUGGACGAAAGAGGAAGGUUGCAUGAUAUUGUUAAUAAUUUGUACGCAUCGUCAUGUUUUCAACAAACACUAACAAUUCUAUACGCUCAUUACAACAAAUUUUUCCACAAACACCAACUGUACCACCUCUGAAAGGAUUCAUUUCCAAUACCACUCUUCAAUAUAUGGACACUUAAGGAGGGGUUCAUACACAAAAAACAAAGUCUUACAGAAACAUGCUCAUUAGUCUAUGAAUUUUACCAUCAAAAGUAGUCGUGAAUAUAAGUUAACCAUCUAUACAUAGGCUUGGAAGCACUGUUUCAAUCAAAACUGAAAGAACGGGACUAUUUAAAAGUUGUUUCAUAUUCAUACAAUUACUUAUGGUUAUGGUUAUGUAUGGGUAGACACAGUUAGAGAACGAUCUUGGUCGUCCACUAGAUCUUUCUUUCAAUCUCGCAGUUACUUUCUUUGAAAACUAUCCGUCACAAUCCAACCAAUGCGAUCAUCUACAGUAAGUUAACUGAAUGGAAUAAAUGAUAUAAAGUUCUUGAAAAUACAAAAGAAAACUACUUGCAUUGAACUUAGAUUUACUUACUUUGAAACACAAAAUAGUCUAACAAUUAAAUGUUAAAUUCAAUAUGUAGUGUAUACAAAACUAUUAAUUAUUUUUAAAAUCAAAUAUUUAUGAACUUCCCUAACUUUUGUGGAGCAGUUUAUUCCAUCAAAUGUGAGAAGUUAAAUAGUACUUACUUGUACAAUUUUGUAAGUUCCUCAACUUCUUUUCUGAGCUUCUGUUGAAUUAUUAUUUUCCCUUGGUUCUUGAUUGGGAAACCUUUUAUUCAUUUGUAUAUAUUGUAUAAAUAGGCAAUGUCAUUUAUUUUUAAUAUUUGUUACUUACCUUAAAUUGAUCUACUGUAAAAGUUAUUUUGAUGGUUUUAAAAAUUAAUUUACUUAAAAAGUACUUAUUUUUAUAAUUUAUUUGAACCCCUUGAUGACCCAAGCUAUAAAAAGAUAUUUUGUAGGUGAUAAAACUUUGUUUAUACUACAUAAGUUGAAAAUCUUGAAUAUCUAGUAUUACUAUUUUCAAUUCAAGAAAAAUAAAAACAAAAAAAUAUAAAAUUGUUUGUCAUUUUCCACAGUUGUAUCCUUGUUAUAUACAAAAAUAGAUUGGCGGAUAAAACAGUUUUGAAUAAAAUGAAUGAAAACUAAAUAUUAGUGGAAAAUCACAAAAUGAUUUCAUUGAUUCUUUUAAUGCUUAAAUGAUUCAUUAAAUGAGGGCCAAAAAAAUCAUUUUUAUGCACCGCUUGUUUUUUACCACCAUUUUUUCAUAUGAUACUAGUUUUGAAGUUUUCAAAUAAGAAACUGAAAAGAAACACAAUUGAAGAAAUCCUCCUAAAACCGAUGGAGAAAGAUCUAGAAAGAAAUAUGUAAUAGAUGCAAAAAAAACAUUCAAGUUGUCUCAUAUUAAUACAGAAUGCUGUUGAAUAUAAGAGUUGAAGGCAAAAAUACUUCUGCUUCGUUUUUCCCUGCCGUUUUCAGAAAUUAUGAAAGUUUAAAAGAACUUUUCUAAUGUUAUUAUGGAAGAGCUUACACAUUGUUUUUCUAUUUUAGAUAAUGACAAACGUUUUAUAGUUUACUAAAAUAUGAAAAACAUGUUUAUAAAGAAUCUGCAUUAGCGUACUCUUACUGCUUAAGUACAUAUUUUGCCCCAAAAUAAAAGAGAGCUGGCUACAAAAAACAGGGUCAAGAAGGUGCGCGCCAUUUCAGCUUGUAAACUGGCAGCCCCAGCUUAGUACAUCACCAAACGGCACUUCUUAAGGUUAGCACAGGUCGAAUAUGAAAAUGCUAGCUGGUUUUCCCGAACGAAAAAAUUGGCUGAAAAACCUCAUAAUGGGCGCGCGUGAAACUUUUUGUAACGUGUGGUUUAAACCUCAAAUAAGAGCGGUGUAAUAGCGCAAGAAGUUUUGCAGGCCGGAAAACCCUGGUAAGAUGUAAUCGAAAGUGCCUGAAAACUCAUCUGAAAAACCUUAUAACGUGCUUGUGCAAAACUUAUCUAUUAAGUUUUUGAAGUCUCAACUAUGAGCAGUGUUAUAGCGCAAGAAGUUUUGCUUAAUGAAAAAUUAUUUUUGAUGUCUCCAUUCAAAAUAUCUGUUUGAGCUACCCAAAAUUAAAAAAAAUCAUCAGGAUACGAUGAAAACUCGCUGAAAUAUAAUCAUUUUUAUCGCGCGCUUGAUUCUAUAGCGCCUACUCAUUUCCCACCUA